GCCCGCCUCAAUUUGAACAGUCUUCGCACACCGAACUUCAGUCGCACGUUGCCCGUUCACAUUCGUACGCCAACUCUCGACCGUGACGAUCGUCUCCUCUCCGGAAGUCUUCUCAUCGUCUCUCGUUGGAACCCAAUCGUUUUUACCGGUUUUUCUUCCGCUCGACCGCCGCCGUCUUGCUCACGUCGAAUUCGAAUUUAUUUUUCGAAAAUAAUAUCACACUCGUCUCUCACUAAUAUUUUCGUUUGCAAAGAAACAACAUGACUGUGGAAACGUUCGAAACAAUCAUGCGCUGCAGAAACAACUCGACUCUGGUAACGGCUCAAGAGGACCCGAAAGCGGACAUCAGCCGCCCGGGCAAGGCUUCCAAGUACAACAAAAACGCUAUGCUCGCCGUUGCUUUCUUCGCCAUGAUAUGUCUGUGCUUGAUGUCCAGUGCCGGAGCUGCUGCCGUACACAACAGGAGGUCUAUCGCUACUGCCACCGAGAGCACCACGGGACCGGUCAAAGAAUGCCACCAAAACACCCCUUGCGGAUGGGCCAUCUACGUGCCGUUCACCCGUCGCAUCGAUUACUUUAUGAAAAACACAUGCAUUUGCAACUCGAACUUGGCGUGCUUGAAGACCGACGACGAUCUGUCUGUCAACGCGUACGUGUACCGCUGCAAGACCAGACCCGUGACUACCACGGAAAUCAUACCGACGACCAUUUGAGAUUUGAGCGAGAGGGAUAUGUCCACAGCGACGAAGCCGGGGCCGACACCACACCACUGGCGCUGCUCCGUCGCCACUGGGCAAGUGAAUUACUAAGUUUAUUCCUAAUACCAAAUCUACUCAUGUUCCGGGCAUUUUUUUACUAUUUUUUUUCUAAUUAGUCUUAAGAAGAAGAAAUAUUUUUUUACGCUAUUAAAGCUUUUUCGUAAUUUAUUUUUUUUUUUAGGUACUUAUACCUAUAUACUUAAGCGAGUAAAAUUAUUAGAAGUUAAUAUCAAACCUAUUUGGUUGUAAUCAUUUAUUCUUAUACAUUAAUUAUAUUUAUAUAUUUUUCAAUAUUAUUAUAUUUUUCGUACAAAUUAAAGGGCAUUAGGGAAUAUCAUUUAACCCAUAUAAGAGGUAUCAUCCUUUAGACUUUAUA